GUCUAUUUGUCUACACACAUACAUACAUCAUAUCACUUUUCAAUACUAGCGACCUAUUCUUUAACUAUCCUACUAAUGUGUUCCCCCUUCUAGCCCUUCCGAGGUCAAUGGAAUCGUUCACGCAAUGCCGCCGGCCCUCCCUUGAACAACAACAACAGCUACGACCCCGCCCCUCCCCCGCGACAGGUCGUGUCUGGUCCACCCAUAAUGCCCUCAUCGCAAACGCGCAGGAAAAUCAAAGGCUUUGCAUUUAGUCACGGCGCGCCGUCUUCGCAGGAACUCAGGAAAAGGGAAGCGGAAAGGGCGAGGCGGAAAGCGGAGGAGCGGACUGGACAAUCCGACCACCAGCCGCAAAACACCACCACCACGCAUAUGAACAUAGCGCUUGUCGCGAGCCAGGACAAAGAGAACAUGUCGAUGCCUUCGAAAGCAAAAGAAACACCCAAGACUGCCCGGAUGGUCCAGAUUGCAGAGAGCAAAACCUCGAUAACCCCGAGACUCGAAAAAUCCAACACUUGUCCCUUCCCUUCAACGCCAGCCACUCGAUUACCUUUAGCAGACCUGAUAGGCAAUGCAGACGAUACAAACAGACGCCUCCCACAACCGGUCCAAUCUCCGGACGAACAACUGUGCUGGCGGGGGUCGCAGCCUGUCAACACCCCCCAACCGCGAAGGAAACGGAAGCGCGCUAGAAGCUCGUCACCCGUCGGUGGCUCGCAGGAUGAGGUUCAAUUCCCGGCCAUAACUACAGACUUGGACACACCGCAGGCGGACCCCGCAGCGGAGCUGUGGAAUCGCUACACAAGUACCAAGGGAACCCCCUCAACGAAGAAGGGAGUGGCGUUUGCUCACCUACUGAAUGAUCCUUCGCCACGGUCAUCCGCGGAUGCCGGCAGUGUCAGUGGGCUUCGAAGAUGGACCAGUUGCGGUGCAGAAUUUCCAACAUCCGCCACGAAACGAAGACAACCUCCAGGGGCAUUCCGCGCAAAGAAGGAUGAUGGCGAAGAUGUCUUCAGUGCUCCAAGUUCAGAUGGGGUUUUCAAACCACCACCAAAAAAGUCAAGACUGGCCGGCAUGCUGGAGGAAAUGUCUCAAUCUGUCGCAAGGCCAUCGCCAAGGAUCGCAACAUCUGACAUUCCUUCGAGCUCUUCACCUUUACCAGAUAAUAUCGAUCGCCGCGCCCAUCCGUCUUCUCCACUUCAAUGCCACGCCCAAGACGAUUGCGUAGCCUCGGAGACGCUAAGAGUACACGAGGAGCCACCAAAACAGGAGGAAGUCAUCGCAAAUCCUGAGCAGUCCUUCUCUGCUUCGUCAGACGAUUUUGGUGAUGACGAUUUUGACGCCGAAAUGGUUGAAGCUUUGGAUAUAUCACAGAGGGUAGAAGAAAGCGCGCACCAUGACCUUCCUUCUCCAUCACGCCAACAAGGACAACUACCACCCAGAAUCCCUCAACCAAACCUCCCUGCACCAGCAUCGGAAAUCAGUGAUGAUGAGUUCGGACUUGAUGACGAUGAUCUUUGCGCUGCGGAUUUCGAACAGGUGGCUUCCUUGUAUGAUGCUAGACCUGUAUUAGCUACGCAAGACGCUGAGCAUGCAAAUGAAGUAGCAUCGCGUGGGCAGGAGAAUACUGGCCCAGCCGAGGUCAUUGUACUUGACGGUGGCGACGAUGAGGACUUUGGCGACGAUGACAUUGAUGCGGACGAUUUUGAAGAGGCGGUACAGAUCGCAACCCAGUCAGCCGCAAAUAAUAGCCAGCAUGACGCCAGAGCCAUUCAGCGCUACAAAAUUACCCGUGUCGAUGAAGGCUCAUACAUAAACGAGCAUGGCUAUCAGAUGCCCGAAAAGGUAAGCACAGUCCGCAUGCCGUUGUCAUGUUAAACACUUACGGGACCAGCUUGUUCUUGUCGAAGAAGAGAAGACUAAGCUCUUUAAAUUGAUCAACCUCCGCCAAUCGUGGUAUCAA